GAUACAAAUGUUUGUCGAUAAAUAUCUAAUGUAAUCUGUGAAUUUCAGUUCCACACGACUCAACUGUCACAUUGACAAAGUUUGAUUUUGGGUAUUCAGAUUGAAAAGGCUACUUCUGUAGCAUGUUAAACGAGGACAGCUUUAUCUCAUUUAGUAAGGUAAAAAAGAGAAAGCGAUAGUAGUGUGUGUAGAACUUCAUUUUAGACUUUAUUUGUUUUGGAACGCGCCCUACCUUACGAUCUUCGUCUGGGGCACUCCGGCAUCGUUUUACCGGAGUCGUUUAUAGUAAUUAAAUACUUUAAUUCAAUUAAUAUCCGUAUGGAAGUAAGAAUAUUUUGAUACGUAAGAAGUAUUACUCAAAAGAAAUAAUCAUGGAUCUCCACAGUCCAGUAGACCCGAACAAGACUUACGAGGAAUUGACCAUCGAAGAGAAGCACAGAUAUGACCAUCAGAAGCUGCACGAGCUCCACCGCGGUCACGAGUCCAUGCACACAACCAUGAUCAUGAUCCUGAUUGUCACUCUCAUUGUAGCUCAAAUAGUUGUUAUGGAAUGGAAGAAGAGGCAUUACCGGUCUUACUCUUUCUUCACGAUGCUGGCGAUGUGGUCGAUCCCGGUGCUGAUGGCGGCCAACAACCGCUGGUGGCGUUUCAUCUCCAUCUGGAGCACCUUCACUCUCCUCACCGCCGUCGUCAUCCGCAAGUCCACCACCAGACCAAUGUCCGUCACAACGCCAAGAUUGGUAUACAAAUGGUUCUACUUAAUAUACAAAGUGAGCUACCUGCUGGGUAUUCUCGGCUACGUGCUGAUGAUGCUCACGUUCUUCGGCGUGAACCUGGCCUUCGGGCAGAAGCCGCAGGACUGGAUGGACGUCGCUCUGAAGCUGCUGUUCUAUGGCCUGUACUUCGGAGUACUGGGCAGGGAUGUGGCCGAGUACUGCACUGAUAAAAUGGCUGCUUCGAUAGGGUACUACACACAAGAGGGUAUGCCGACGCGUCAGUUGGACAACAACGUGUGCGCGGUCUGCGGCAACCAGCUGCUGGUGGACGUCGACCAAGAGGGGGUGCUAGAGAACACGUACAAGUUGACAUGCGGGCACGUGUUCCACGAGUUCUGCAUACGCGGCUGGUGCAUCGUGGGCAAGAAGCAGACCUGCCCCUACUGCAAGGAGAAGGUGGACCUCAAGCGGAUGAUCACCAACCCCUGGGACCGGCCGCACAUCCUGUACGGACAGCUGCUGGACUGGAUCCGCUGGCUGGUGGCGUGGCAGCCGCUCAUCAUGUUCCUGACGCAGGGCAUCAACUGGCUGUUCGGCCUCGAGUGAGCCAAGCCCCGCAACUACACACUACUCGCCUAGUGUCAGGGUUGCCAGGUAAGACUGCUCACACAACACAGUGUUGCCAUUCUAUGGCCCAUGUUUUAAUGACUCCCUUCACCCAAACAAUAUGAACUUUUUUUAGACUUUCUGUACUAGUAUUAAUUCCAUACAUUGUAUUUAAUUAUUUUAAUUAUUAAUUUGAAUAUUCGGUGUAAUUUCUUUUUUGUCAAAUUGCUUUGAUCUCUUUGUCCAAAGUAUGUAUUGAACAUGUAAAUAAAUAUUGUUAUUCUUUAAAAUUCUAUUCGGAAAUUCUGAAUUGUAUGUAACUGAUAUACAAACUUAUUUCUAUAACAAAUAAAAAGUACAUUUGUAUAUAAGUGUAACUUACUUGUACUAGGGAACUAUCCGCAAUGACUAUUAGGCGAUCAGGAAUAAUGUCGACGCGAGAUGAUAGAAAUAUGAGCAACCCACUACCUUUACUAAGUUACAUGGUGAAUGCUAGCGACAAGUGCUAGUUGUAUCAAAGCUGUCGUAAGAUGGGUGUCGAGAUGUGUCUCGUGGUAGAGGGGCAGCGGUUGGAACAUCGUGAUUCGCAAUUUUCUAACUUGUAUCACUAAAGUCUUCAUUUAUAAACAAACAAUCAAAUGCUACCCUGAUAGUUUGUUUAUAUUUUUUAUCUCCGCGCGUUAUUCAAUAUUCAGAAAAUAGUCUUUAUUGACAAUUAUAAAGAAAUACCUCUUUUAUAUGAAGUAGGGAAAUGUUUUUUUCCUACUUAAAACAUAGUUUUCUGAUCGGCUAAUAGUGAUUGUGUAAUUAAUUGUAAGGUCAUUAUAAUUGUUAAAUAUCGCAUUAAUUCAAACGAUCACAUAAAAACUCGUACUAGAAAAAUCAAUGAUUUUUUUUCGGUAUUGAUUUGAUCAUAGUUAAUAUGAUCUCCUUCCUUUUUAAAAAUUAAAGCAUAUAAGAAGACUCGAUAAAAUUACCAUAAAUUAAAGAACAAAAAUAACUAUAAGUGCAGGUCACAAUAAAAAAAUCAUUCCAGAAAUUCACAAUUUAAAUGCGGUAAUUAUCAAUUAUAUUUUACCUAUAUUCUGUACAACAUUGUUGUAUGUACAUAUUGUUAAGCGUACAGUAUGUUGUAUGUGUGUAAAUAUAGACUUCGACGUUAGUGAUAUCAUGUGUAUUCAUCCCCGAGUGAUGCGAUUCGGAAAUUUUGUACCCCCUGUGUAACAUAAGAAACAUAUUACAAAAUGCGUUGAAGUGUGUGUGCUGUUUGUAUAAAUAAAUGCGGACAACAUCACAUAUAUUGUUCUGAACCCAAAGUAAGUUGCUAAAGCACUUGUGUUAUGGAAUUCAGAUGCAACGAAGGUAUCAAGUAAGUUUAGCAUGUUCAUGCAGCAAGGAGGGGUUGUUCUUAAUAAUUAAUAGAAUUUCUGUAUUCAUCUACCCAUUUUUUCGCGAUAGGAAAUCAUUAAAUGACUCCCCCCGUUUUCGGUUUCGCGGAAGGUAGUGUCAGACUUUUACUGACUAAAACUCAUGCCACCCAUGUUUCUUCUUUUGCCCUUUGAGUACCUUGGCCGCGGUAAGUCUUUCGGACAAUUAAUGUAUCUUUAUCUUUAAUCCCGGCAGGCAUCAGCUCUAAUGCUCCUAUGUGAUAGAGUGUUUAAUUUGUUUAGUAAAAACACAUUCCUUGCUGCUACACUUUCCUGUCGGGCACACUGUCUUACUGAAGGUCACAGAACAGUUGCGCAACGCACCUUUGAGGAGUUUUUAUGCCGCUCAAAAAUAAACUUUAUUGCUAUCAGUAUAAAGAGCAGAAUGUUUAAGUAUCUAGCGCAGUUGAACGUAAUUUUUCGUCAUAAUAAUAAUGUAUUGAAGUGAAUAUUUGAGCCGGUCAGCCAUUCCGGUUAUCAUAUAUUGCUAAUAUUAAAUUAUGUUCUUUAGUCUAAAAGCUUUAAAGUUCACUUUUGAUUGUCAUGAAAAUGCUCUUCGCUACCUUUGAUCUACACUGACCAUUACACCAGUAAUAAUGAAUUACUUAAAAAAGGUGUAUUUUGACUAUUUUUCCAUGUGUGUAUCCUUUUUUCAUCGCUUGAGGGAUUUUGUCGAAUUAUUUUAUAAUAGUCAAUAAAUAAACACUGUAGUAUUUUUUCUUACUUAUUUACAACUUA